UAUCCUGGCUUCAGGGCCUGAGCAACAGGCAGUUUACUUUGGGCACGUCAGUCAGGCGGAAAUUGAGAAAAAAAGACCCUAGGCCUAAAUGGCAAUCAUGUUGAUCUGAGCCUUGCUGUUGGAAAACCACUUUAAUGUCCGACUUUCGGCUGUUGCAGAUGUAUCUCCCCCUACUUCACUCCUCGACAUCUGUAUGCAGUCGGUUUCUUUAGCCUUACCACUCAAACGAGUCCAAUGACUUCUCAAACCCCAGCCUGGUCUGCUUGGUCUGUUUCACAAGUGUUCCCGGAAGUCUCGCAAUGUUGCGCCUAUGAGUUUAGAAACUCUGUGGGUUCACUGCCAGUGUAUAUCUUUUAUUUCAUAAUUGUGUGAUGUACAUUAUGUCUGUCCAGUUGUAUGGAACUGUUUUUCUGACCACAUCGCCAUCUAGUGGAAACAAACUAUGCAUGCACAUUUCCAGAACUCAUGAAGUCAUAUGACAAUUGCAAAUGCAUUAUUUUCAGGUUAUUGAUACAAGCCAGGGAAAUCCAUGUAUAGAUUAAAUCUAUUUGGUGUCCCUCAUCUCUGAGCGAGUGUGUUUUUCUCUUCAGCUGCAUUUCAUUCUUAACUACCUGUUGGAGAUGGGAGGAUAUUCGGAGAGCACUAUGCACGAGGACCAAGCUCGUAAAGAGCUGGAGAUGUUCGUAGAAGCAAAUCGUAUGAGAAGUCUUCUCAGACCGUAUGUGAAAUUUGUGGUGCUGUGGAUCAGUGGGUGGUUGAAGUAUGCUUUAGAGAGGGUGUGGAGAAUACCGUUCUCAGUGCCACACACCUGGGUGACAUCACCAGGCAACUCAGGUGAAGGACUGUAUGACAGGGUGUCAAAGGAGUGGCUAACCAAUGAGAUGUAUCGUACCUAUCACCAUGGAGAUGAAAGUGGAACAAUGGUUACAGUCCAGACCAGCACACAUGCCUUCCACGUGAACCUUGGUCGACUGACUGACUGUAGUGAGUACUUCAGAGCCCUGUCCCAGUCCAGUAUGAGAGAGACCACAGAGAGCCUGAUUGUCCUGGACCACAUUCCCUCCUCAGUCUUCCAUUCCCUCCUAGAAUUCUGCUUCCGGAAUGACUUCUGCGUUCCCCAGGAGGAGUUGGGAGAACACAUCCAAGUGGGCAGCUACCUGCUGGCUGAGGCCUUUGUGUCGCAGUGCCUGUUGGCCCUGUCUGGUGUUCUAACCUCAGACACCUGCCUGUCCUACCUGGCUCUGGCCCGGGAUAUCUGCUGUACUGAGCUGGAGACAACUGUGUUCUGCUACCUCAGCAGACACUUGCUGGAGCUGCCUCACCUCACCAGGUGUUUGCCGGCUGAAGACAGGGCUGAACUGGCCCGUCUGAGGUGGCAGGGUGAUCUCCGGCUCUGCUGCGUGAGGAAGGAGAACCUGACCUCCUGGAAUGACCUAGAAACAGAAGCCGCCCGCCACCUCUUCACCCUAGAUGGAUCAGAGGUCACUGGUGACUGGCGUCCAAUAACAGAGCUCCCCUUCAUGGCUGAUAAGUGGUGCUUCACCACGGUGGUUCUACUCAACUACCUCUACCUCAUCGGUGGCUACAGGCAGCGGGCCAAGAGGGGCUGGGAGUUCAAAAUGGCCUCCUUUAGGUACAACCCCUUCACCAACACCUGGGUCUCCACUGCACCUCUCAUCAAGCACAGGAGGCAUUUCAGUGCAGUGUCAUGUGAUGGCUCUAUCUAUGCUGUGGGAGGCUGGUACUUGGACUCUCUGGUGACCCCUGACUCCAGCACAGCCCUCUACACUGCUGUGGAGCGAUACCACCCCUGGGACAACACAUGGACGUUUGUCUCCUCUCUGCCUCUGACUGACUUACAGUUCACCAUGUCCCUGUCCCAUGACCUCCCUCUGGCCACCAGCCUGGGCUCCCGUCUGUAUGUCCUGGGGAACAUCCAGAGGACUGGGGAAAAGCUGCUUCUACAGUAUGACACCAGGCAAGCCUCUACUUCCUGGGUGCCACAGACCGGCUGUUUGUGAUUGGAGGAAACAACUCAGAGAAUGUGGUGACAUCAUUCUGUGUGGAGUCUGGGAAGUGGGGGCAGGUGAAAGGGGCUGAGAAGGUAGCGUUAGCUGGACAGGGGACAGUGCUGGGUGACCAGGUGUACAUGCCAG